ACCCUGCCUUGUUUCUGAGGGCCUCCAGCGCGUGGCCUUUUCUCCUUCCCCCUUCUCUUUGGUCCACACAGGAAACAUUAACCUCUUCCUGCGUCAGGAGGUCGCUCAUACAGGCUGACUCUGGGGUUUGUCAUCAGUGUGAGCGGCUGAAGGGCGAAAGAGAAGGCUGUCAAUCAGAGGCUCCAUCUGAUAGCAGACAAACCUCCACACUGAAAUCUGAAACUGCAGAAGUGGCGUGGUCCACCAGGCGUUCGCCACUCUUUGCCAUCUUCUCUCCAGAGAAGUUCACUUUUUUUCCAGACUGGUUUCGCUCAUCCUCCUCCAGAGGGGAUUUCAACAGAGACACGUCUCCUGCUGCAGUGAAUGAUCCCGAGGGGAAGCGAUGCUCCCGAUGGCCCUUCACCACAUCGGCCUGUGCGUGGCGUUUUGCCUCAGCAGCAGUCUGGCCACACCUCCGCUGUUUUACAGUUUUCUGGAGGGAAGCACGGAUGAAGAAGAACUCAGUAACUUGAACUCCUCGCUGCCCACCAGCAACCUGUCCUCCAUGCACCAGACCCCGCCUGUGGACACGGCCCAGGACGACACCGACUUCCUGACGGAGCUUGUGAUCUUUCUGGAGGAGAACAAGCUCCUCAUCCUUGUUGCAGGAACUCUCAUCCUGCUCGUCUUCCUCAUCAUCUGCGGGGCGAUUGUCAUGAGCCGCAGACGCAAAGUCAACGCCUACUACCCGUCCUCAUUCCCCUCAAAAAUGUACGUGGACCAAAGGGACAAAACUGGAGGUGCCAAACCCUUUAACGAAGUGAAAGAAAAAGCUGCUCCUGAGCAGGAAAGUGAGCCGAUGGACUCUCACAAGCAGCUCCAAGCUGACAUCAUGAGAGCUGCCAAGAGCCUGCGAUCGCCAAAUAAACCUGUUGAUGCUGCAGAGAGAUGUGACCCCAGUCAGAAAGUAGCAGCCCACAGUGUGGAGGACAGCUCGAAACCAGAUGUCAGCCUCCUAGACCAGCAGCUUCCAAGUCUCCCCGAGGAGAAGGAGCUGCGUGAGGUUCCUGACAGCGAAGCAGCUGCAGCAACAGAGCCGAGUCCUUCAGAUCAGCCUCAUCCAGAGGAAGCCGAGUCACAAGAGCCUUCGACCGGCAGGAGCCUCCGGCCCUCCUCUCUGCACAUUCACAAUGACUCUGCCACACUGCAGCUAAUCGCUGGAGAGAAAACGGCCUUCUAAGAAACCUGAACAUGUUUCCUGAUGCUUUGAAACCAGACGUGGAAAUGUGUGCAGUUAACCUCCAAAGAAUUCUACAUGUUUACUGAAGCAAAUGUGGAAACGUUACACUCACAGGUGGUUUUGCAAUAUUUCAUGUUUAGGUGCAGAGCAGUUAAACACUCAGCGGCCUGUUUGCUCUGACUGGACGUAACCGUCGUGCCAUUUUGUAAACAUGUUUAUUGGUAAGAAAAACAGUUGUUCUGUCGGUCGACGCUUGUGUUUGUCUACAUCCUGCAACAUUCCUGCGUGCGGGUCGCUACCAUAACAAACGCGUGUUGUGGCACCAAACACUUCUGUGCAAAACACGACGCUGACUCGCAUCAGUGACUUGAUUCUUAGUAAAGUGCAGAAAGCCACUUCCUGAGAUUAGCUGUGGGUUGCCUCUAAAAAGCAGAAGUGCAUAAAUACAUGUAGCCCUUAUAAAGACUCUAUUUCAUUUAGGUGAGCUUCAAUCACAAUAUAAUGUGACUCACUAAAACGGCAUAAAGAAAAAAAUUACAGUUAUGCACAAAAUGUCUAAAAAAAAAGGAGUUAUUCAGGGUAUUUGAGGAAUAAACUGAACUCAAAGCAACAAAUGAUUCAGAAUACUUUUAUUGCAGACUUUCAAGGAAGCAUUUGUAAAUAUAAAUUACGCUGAAAACUAAUGGACUGUUGUUUUGUUUCAAGUCACUUUGCAUA